AUGGCAUCUGCUGCACGAUCUGCUUCUCGCGCGUUCUUGCGCUCGGGCUCGUCCGUCCGCCCCGCUGCGCGCAAUGCUCGAUUUGCUCUGCCUGCCCAUGGCGUUCGGGUUGCCGCUCGUCGCGGAUACGCCUCGGAGUCUGGCCAGACCAAAUCCUCAUCCAGCACCGCCUGGGGCAUUGGAUUCGUCCUCGCUGCUGCUGGUGGUACAUACUACUACCUGAACAGCGAAGCAACCCCCAAGGGUCCUUUCGUCCCCACCAAGGAGGACUACCAGAAGGUGUACGAUGAGAUCGCGACUAAGUUGGCCAACGAGACCGACUAUGAUGACGGCAGCUACGGCCCUGUCCUCGUCCGUCUCGCCUGGCACGCUAGCGGUACCUACGACAAGGAAACUGGCACCGGUGGUAGCAACGGUGCUACCAUGCGAUUCGCCCCCCGACACGCCCGUGACUUCCUGGAGCCCAUCAAGGCUAAGUUCCCCUGGAUUACUUACUCCGACUUGUGGACCUUGGCCGGCGCCGCCGCCAUCCAGGAGCUCGGUGGCCCCACGAUCCCCUGGCGACCUGGCCGUGAGGACAAGGACGUCGCCGCUUGUACUCCUGACGGCCGUCUUCCCGAUGCCUCCAAGGACCAACGCCACAUCCGGGAUGUCUUCGGCCGCAUGGGCUUCGAUGACCGUGAGAUGGUCGCUCUUUGCGGUGCCCACGCCCUCGGCCGUGCUCACACUGAUCGUUCCGGCUUCGAGGGACCCUGGGACUUCAGCCCUACCGUCUUCACCAACGAGUUCUUCCGUCUCCUUGUUGAGGAGAAGUGGAACCAACGCAAGUGGAAUGGCCCCACCCAGUUCACUGAUAAGACCACCUCUACCCUGAUGAUGCUGCCAACGGAUAUUGCUUUGGUCAAGGACCGUUCCUUCAAGCAGCACGUCGAGCGCUAUGCUAAGGACAGUGACGCGUUCUUCAAAGAGUUCUCUGAUGCCUUUGUCAAGCUAUUGGAGCUCGGUGUUCCUUUCCAGAGCAAGCCUGAAGACCGUUUUGUCUUCAAGACUUCUGAGUAG